AUGAAUCGUGGCCGGUUGGACGAUCAUAUCUGCAGGGCUGCCAUGACCAGGAGGCCGUUCCCGACUCUGGUUUUGUGGCAAGUGUUUGAUUGUUGGAUGGCCUAUCCUGAAGCCUUUAUGCCUUGGGACGUCGACCCGAGCAAAGUACAGGUCCCCGAAGUAUCUGAAACAGCAAGAGGUCUCAGACCACUCGAGCCCUACGAUAACAGAGACACGAUGGUCCAUUAUGACAUCGACCCAUUGAAUAGAAAGGAACAAUUCUCUGAAGAAUGGGAUUACAUCAACGGAAACCCAAGAACGAUCAAAUCCGAGACGGCUGGAAAUUUCAACUGGUGGACUAACCUGUAUCAAAUCGCACUUGUAAUCUGGCAAAUGGUGUCCCUCUGUCACGCAGAACUUCCACCCUCGCCUGAAAAGAUCACGAUCAAAAUGCUCGACGGCACCGAAACGACCGCAUAUGGCUUUGGUGGCUACAUCCUCAACGACAAGAAGUUCAAGCACAUCGACCGUGACCUCCGCGAGCUGAUCAAUCAGUGCAUGCUUCAUGUUCCCGUCAAGCGCCCGACGAUGGAGCAGCUUGAGAACCUUCUCCGAAGCAAGACAAACAUCCAGGGCGUGGACCCGCAAAACCAGGAACAGGCGGAGACACAGAGAUACUGUGAAUGGCUGUUCAGGGGGACUCCGGCGCCCAAACCGGCGCAGCCAGUUGACCACAAACUACCGGCUGGGCUGAGGGGUUGGACAGUCAAGAAUGUGGUGGAGGAGCAAAAGAUUUGGUUGGAGACGCCCGAGAAGGCAGCAAGAAGGAAGGCACUGAAUAAGGCUGCACAGACGAGGCACAUGAACCCGGGGAGGGUGCUGGCAAAUAGGAUUGGGAUUGUGAGGGAGGUGAGGAAUUUAUGGGGGGAUUACUUCAAGAGGAAGUGA